AUGUCCUGUCACAGUAGCUGAAAUGUACUGCACCUCUAAUCAUUUGUGUUUACUCAAAUGACUGUUUUGUGAUAAAAUCGAUAAUUAUUUCACAAAUAUAUAACAAUAAAACUAAUAAUAAAAUGCCGUAGGUAAAGAAAAACGCCCCCUCAAAAUGAUUACGACAUUCCUAGUGCCGAUCAUUUUCAUCUACUUCACCUUCCCGACUUCGGAAGAACUGGACUCGGUGGACCUGUCCCUGCCGGAGGCCUCCCACUUAAACACCACCAUCGGCUUUCCCAACAUCGAAGUGAACUCGAAUUUCCUCUGGCUACUCUUCAGCCUGGUCUCUGCGAUAUCGUGGGUAGUUUACAUCACGUACUACAACUCGAGGGUUGCCGGAUAUGUGAUCACGCGAAUUAUUAAUCGGAUAUUCAUCAGCGAUGGUUACUUCAAAAUCGGAUCGUUUAUCGUCGACGCCCUGGCCGGCAAGGUGAUGUUUCGCGAUGUCGUGUACAUCACGCACGAUUACAGCGUGCGAGUGCAGGACGGCUACCUGAUCUUCCGCUGGUGGCGUUCGUACGUUCCGAAGGACGUCAGCGAGGACCUCUCCCACUCGGACACGCGUCUCUCGGUCGUGCUCAACGGUUUCGAGCUGCACACCUACAACCGUUCGGAGAUGUACGCCGGCCUCGAGAAGAUCUUCGGCCUGGAAUCGCACAUCUUUCCCGAUAAUCUCGAUAAGAACGAAAACAAGGAGAGGACGAACAGUAACUCGACGAUCGACAAGUCGAAGAAUAAGCAAAUAUCGGAGGCGACGAUGGCGCGCACGUGGCGCGACCUGAUACCCGUAAUAAAGAUGGACAUUUCGUCCGGACGGCUCGUGUUCGGAAAUCGACUGGUGCCGACCACUCUGAGCAUCACAAUCGAGGAGUCCCACUUCGUGUACUCGACCAAGCCCGCCGUGAACACUCUGGAUCGUUUCAUGCACUUCGUCAAGUGCAAAUCGGAGAACGUACGCGUUAUGCUCGUACCGAGCCCGAAGUACACCGGCAUGCUGGACGAGCCCCCUCGAUAUAUGGGGGAGGGAUUCGUUUUGAUGUCGACGAAUGACUUGGAACUUUACUUCUACAUGGACGAACCAGGUAUUGUACCCGAACAACCCGUGCAAAUUACUCUGGCCAAUGGCGACGUGGUCGACUCGAGUCCUCCACUGUGGGGUAUCGACAUCAAAUGCGGCAAGGGAACCGACUUUAGCUACGGCCCGUGGGCCGAUCGUCAGCGCGAGCACCUUUUCAAGUUCUUCUACCCUCAAACGUACCUCCCGAUGGAGGUCACGAAACCGCUCGAACCCGGCGACAAACGCCAGAUGCAGUCCUUCGACGUCCGCCUCCUCUUGCAGUACGAGGCCACCAUCGACAUUCUCUUCUCGAAGAACAAGGAGACGAACGCGACCCACGUCAACGUCGGCGCCGGCAGCUACCUGGAGAUCACGAUUCCGUGGGUCACGCUGAGCCAAGGCUACACGACGCGCAUCAACGGGCAACUGCUCCACCUGGACGCGACGACCAGCUUGCAAUUUCGCGAUUUCGUCUCGACGGAAACGUUGGAGUUCUGCGUCCAGUGUCACUAUCCGCUGAUCUGGAACGACCCACAGCUCUGGGAGCUGAGCCUGACCGGAUGCAAGGCCACUGUUAACCUCAUUUUCUCCCACAAGUGGUUUUUUCAAGAUUUAAUCAACGAUUGGUCGUCGAAGCAACGGCCCGAUAUCCUGCACUUCGUCCCGUACACUUGGAGAUUUGGUUUGACCUUGAAGCACUGCGAGCUCCUGACACUUGUUAACCAGUACAACUGGAUUGAUUGCAGCAGCGUGGGACAACGACAGCGUUUGGAGAACACCCAGAUGGCGCUGUGCGCGUACUUUCUGCAUCUGUCCUUCGAUUUACCCUUUGAGGAAUUUCUACCCGAAACUAUUCCAUUAAAUUUUAGUAUACAGGGCGAAAGCAUAGAUUUGAGCCUAUUCAUCCCCGAAUACCACACAAGCCGGGACAUAGUGCUGUCGCUCGAGAAAAAUUCCAAGGUCCUCUCGAAGGACGGUUCGAUGACGAAGAAGGCCGAGAUCAUACCGAAAUGGAGGAACAUCUGCGUGAACAGUUUGGGCUGGGUCGACUUCUGGUGGGUGCCGAUCGGGGCGAUCAACAUCGGUUACGUCUAUCAUCCGUCGCCGCCGUUGGGACCGACGCCGCAGGCCGACAUUUCGACUCCGGUGAAGGAGGAGCUUCUGCUGUCGCCGAUAAGGUUCCCGCGCAAUCGAAAGGCGCAUCGGCCCUCGCAUGACGGAACCCAAAAAUUCGAUCCGACAAUCCUGAAACCCGACAAGGUAACCGUCGAGUUGGAAAUCGGGCCCUCUGUGCUUCUACUGUACGGCACGGCCUUGAGAAACUUCCUCAACUUCAAAGAGAACAUUUUCGGAGACGACCAAAUGUUCGUCGACAUGCAGACGAGUAACUCGCCGGGCGAGAGCCAAACAGCCGAGUUUAAAAACGACGACAGCUCGCAUGUGCCACUUGAGCUGCGAGAGGAGUUCGAUGAACGAUAUUACCGCCCCCUUGAGGUUGACGUUUCGGUAAUAAUGCACGAUAUUCAGGCCCACUUGUUGAAGUAUUGUAAUCAGAAUGACCCCCCGUGCCCGGUGAUUCUUAUCGAGAGGUUUGGGUUCGAAAUGAAAAAGCGAUACGACCAGACCGAGCUGCAGCUCUUAAUCAGUCCAUCGGUGCUGCUCGUCUCCGAUCACAUAAAUCGUCCAUCCAAGGACAAACAAUUGAACCAAGGCCGUCUGACGUUAUCUGCCUUACAGAUUCGCGGUCACGCGAUGUUCUCGAACGAAGGCUGCUCGCUCGACGAGGACACCGUCGAGUAUGCGUGGUUGCUCGAAAUUCAGCUGGGGAAGUUAAGCGGCAAACUGACCGCGCCGCAAUUGCAUUCGAUUGUUCUCAGUCUGGAAACCCUAGUGCUUUUAAUGGCGGACACCGAGAACGAGUUGAACUCCCCGACAAAUGUCAACAUGCUGACCACCACUCGCGUCGUUGCCACCACGAAGAUGGCACCUCAAAAUCUCUCCCAAAACGUGCAGCAAACAAUUCAGCAGUUUCUACAGCAGAAGGCCAACGUCGCCAGCAAAUCCACGGCGCAGCCUGCCGAAAAAUCGGAAGUCGUUCUCAACGUGACGAACGAAGACGCCUCUAGCGUUCACAAAAUGAAGUACAAGUUCUGUCGGGUGGCGAUCGACGCCGUCGACUUUUGGCUCGUCGAAAGCGGCGCCGCGUUGCAACUGUGGAUAUCCCCGGUGCGCCUAUCGACCUGCAACCUGCACGGCAAGCAGGUCGGUAACGGGCUCAGCGCGAUUCUCUACAGCAUGUCACUGCGACAGCUCAUCUGGCAACAUCACAAAUACUCGCACGCCAAGCAGGUGAGCGACUCCGACCACUGGCUCGAGGUGGGCGUCGUCAACUUCGCCCCGCUCGUCAUCGAAUCGGCGAUGUCCGCGAGCGCGAAAAACCAAGAGCUGCACGCGCUCCAACAGAAAUUCCUAAAGACCCACGACGCGAAAUGGAAGAAGCUGUCGUUCUUGUGGCCCGAACUCUCAAAGUCGACGGACAAGUGCGGCUGCAGCGGCGGCUGCGCGUUCUUCGGCGGCAACCGCAACGGGGCGAAGUUCUUCAAGCCGACCCGAAAAGAUCUCGACGAGGGAAUCAACAUAGCCGCGUUCUGCGUGAACGAGAGCGGCAAAGAUCCCGGUUUCGGGCAGAGCAUCCUCCACGACGGCCUGCUGAUCUUUCGCACGCCCCCGUACAUCGUUAACGAGAUCUUUCUACAGGACUCGGCCGUGAGGGCGCCCGCGGCGGACAGUUCGGGCAAACGGACCGAGACGCACGCCUCGUUUUCCAGUCCGAUCAGUUUAAACGAGCGGAGGAUUAGUCGGCGAUUUUCUUCUACGUCGAUCAGGAGCAAAGACGUGCCCUAUUCGAGAUUGAUGGACACACUCCCCCCCAAGCUGGACAGCGACUCCAAGCUUCACUUCGAGAAGGGAAACCUGAACGUCCCAGACAAGGAGUCCUUCCCGAAGAACAGCAUCUCCGAUUCGAAGCUAGCGGUCGACUAUUUCGGCGCGCAACCGAAGAGCGAGCACGUCUCGCCGCCCGCCAAACCGAAGGCGGUCAACAUGUCCGAGUCGCACCACUCCCUCGGCGCGAAGGUGAACUCGGACGAGCAACUACAAAAAGCGGUAACCGGCCGAAUCGACUGUCUCAUGGGGGCUUCAUCAUUUCCGUUGCAGAUUCAGAGGACCGUGUCGAUCUCAAGCGAAAAUCAUUCAGAGGCGUUCUUCUCCGCCGACGAAGAUUUGAACGUCAAUUCGCACAACUCGAGCUUGAGGAAUUCGGUCGUGGGAUCUAAGGGCACGCUAAUCAGGCAGGACAGUGGCGCCCCUAAGGUCCCCCAAAAGAAGUACAGCAGCGAACUAAACAUCCUCGCCGAUACCAACGUGGCGACACGCAUCCAAGACAAAGUGCAGAUUCGCGCAAGUCCGACUCUGACCCUAAAAACGAAACCGGCCGAUCACGAGACCGCCGGCGCCGAGUGCGAGGAGAGCAAGCCGAGCGCGGGUCUGUUCACACCUCAACGAUGUCCGAGCAGCAGAUCGGUCAGUCCGCGUCUGCCGAGCAAGGAGCCGUCGAACACCAGCCCGAGCGCGCACAGCUCGAUCCUGCACGACACCCUAAUCGACUCCUCCGAUAGUUACAGCAGCACCUCGUACGCUUCGGCCGUGGCCAGUCAGGAGGAUCUCACCCUGAUCGACCUGCACAUGCAGGUCAACAGGCAAAUAAUCGACUCGCCCAUGCUGAUGUCGAGCUACAUCAGCCAUCUAAGUCAGGUGCGCUGCCUGAACUGGGACCAUCUCGCGUCGAACACCUGCGACGCCUUCUCCGUUCCGCUCUUCCAAAAGAACGAAGACGGAAAGUUGACGUACGUCGGCGGACGAUUCGUACCGACAAUCGAGAAGGUUACGGAGGGGGUGACGUCCUUUAAAAUGGCCACGCGCCGCGACUACAUCGAGAGUCAAAUCGCGAACAACAAGUGCGCGACGGGAUGGGAUCAGACCGAUGAUACCACCACCGAGGUGCCGACCGCGCAAGAGGAGGAACUGCUGAGCGCGCAGGGCGACGUCGGGUCGAGAACUUCGAUUAUCGUCAGGCUCCAAGGCGAUUUGGACAUUAUGAUUACGCCACUAUUACUGGAGUCGUUGCAGAAGUUCGUCGACAGCCUCACACUAACCGUCGCCAAUUUGCAUCCGUCCACGGUCAUUAACCACUUGCACGCGUCCUGCAUCAGCGAAGUGGAGGCGGCGAAUAUACUCAAGAAACGAUGCAACGUGCACAUCGUGCAGAACGAUGCCACGGAUCUGACCAAGUGCGGGGUAUACGAGGAGACCAUCAAGUCGCAACUGCAGGCGGCGAUUACGCUGCCCAAGGUCAACGUGACGCUGUUGCAAGUGUCGAUUAUUGAAGAGAUCAUUUCCUUUUCCGCACUGGAUAACAUUCGCGAUCUGACCUGCGUCUCGUUGUUCUCGGUCUCGUUUGAGAAUGUUACGACCAAGCUUCAGUUAGACAAACAGCAAAAAGAGGUGCUCCAGCUGUUCCACCGUCCCGCGGUCGUCCAGAUGGGCAGCAAGAAGGUGCUGACGAAAGCGAAGGCUUUUCUCCUCGGUCAGCACAGCAACACGAUCGCCGAUAUCAUACGGGGCGAGCCCGUCUCGAUCGAGAGCUGCGAUACCAAGCAGGAGGAGCUCGUGAUCUGCCUCAGCGUCGGAAAGGUUCACGCGCAACUGAGACGCCUGCGCAACGAGAGCAGCGUCUUGAACGACGCGAUCAUCACCGCGAUACCCGCCUACUUUUCGAAGGUCUUCUUCGCGUGCUCGAAGGCGGACGAGGUGCCCCGCCGCACCGACUACCACCUGCAGCAGCCCGCCGAAAAGCCGAACGCGUCCGAGGAGGUGAACGCCGAGGAGAAGCUCGGCUUUAUAAUGUUCGAGUGCGGGCUCGAGGGUAUUACGCUGAAGCUCGUCAAGAAAUCGCUGCUCGACCAGAGCGGCGGCGGCAACGAGUGCAAGACGCCUAUCUUCUGCGACGACCAGAAGGAGGAGAAGCUCGCCGGCGAGAGUCGGAAGGACGAGAGCGACAGUAAAGCCGUUCAGCCCGUCAUGAGGGAUAGCGCAAAUGUGUCCUCGUCGUUUAUCGAAUUCAAGACGGUCUGGUUUAAUUUCGCCGCGCCGCCGAGAGCGCCGAUCACGAGGAAGAUUGAUUACACGAGAUUGGAUUGGAACCUGCUAAGUACCGCAUCUCCGGCCAUUAACGCCUGGAUGAACCCCAGCAAUCGUUUCGCAAUUCGCGUGGUGCACAUGGUUCGCACAAUGUACAGGCGUUCGACAGCGGUCGUCGCCUGCCUGAUGUCCGAGGCUCUGGAAGCUCAAGGCAUUCACAUGACAUCGAAGAGCCGCUACGGAAUACUGAGACCUCUGGCGACCACUCUCCAAGAAGAUCCGAGCUGUCAGCUGUGCACCAUCCUGCAAAAGUACAUCCUUCAAUCCGACGUCGCCUCGAUCGAGACGAACCUACGCGAAGCGGAACUGCCGCAGCUGUCGACCCUUCGGCAAGGUGUCAUCGUGUUAAGUCGUCAAUGGAAAAAUAUCCUCCACACCCCCCUACUCGUGGAGCCCAAUCAGAAGCUGCGCAUAAAACCUUUGAACGUAACGAUCGCCGUGCCGAAAGUGGACGAGGAGAUGGGACUUACCGACGGGGAGGCGAGCGGUAACGAGGAACCCGAUAUCACUGACGAACACGCAAUGCUCUUGCAUUCCGGUAUUAUUCUUAAACCACAAGCGCACAAAAACAUCGUCGUCUUGCCCGCCAAGGCGGUCGAGAUUGGGAGCUCGCCGCGAUUGUCCGGGACGGUCGAGGGCGCGCUGCUGUCGCCGCAGGUCGCCGUCGUGUCCGGGGGAGUCGAAAGUGUUCUUACAUCGCCAAGCCCACCUGUCAACCAUCGAAAAUACAAGAAUCUGCAAGCACCUUCGAGCAGUAGAACUAGUGUCGUAUUUCCGAUUCUGAGCGGCGCCAACUUGUUCGCCCAAAAGAAGAGCCAAGACGAGUCCAACGGUUACGGGGUGCUGAAGGAGGACAAGAACACAAUCAACAUGGGCUCGGAGCCCAGCGUUUGCACGCACUCGAGCCCCGACCUGCCGUCGAGUCCGUUGCAUCGCAACACUGGCCGAACUAAGUCGAGCGAGGACUUGUACAGCUGGAUGGCGAAGCAGGACAAGCAGGAGAAGCCGGACGCGGUGGGAUCGCUCCGGGGGUACAUGGAGUCGAAGAUAAAUACUUUGCAAACGGAUUCGUCGGGUGACGAUCAGGCGAACGACGGGCGUAUCGCCUUAUAUCCCAUGCAGGACUCGCUGCGACUGCUAGACGCCCACUUCAUUUUUCAACCCCUUCUUUCGAGUCUGGGUGUCAUGUCUCGACAGUUGGUCAACACGGUAACCGGGUCGAAUUCGGAGAGUAACGUGACUUCGCUAGACGCUUUAGGUUCGAACUUGUCGUUGAUCGGUAACAUGGACACCAUGCGGAUUGACAUCAUCGUUUCGGAGCAUGGGAAGGUCGACAAGAAACGAAAGACCAAAUCGAAACCCAAGUUUAGCGUCGAGAUAAACACGGACGAAUCGUACGCGUUUAUGUGCGAGAAGAUUUCGAUCGAGGUCGAAAUGGAUCGUAAAGCCGACAUGACUGUUAACGAUAUGAUCAAAACCAAGAACGUGCUGUACAUCUCCCGAGGCCAGCUGAAGAAGCACACCAGCACGAUUUUGAACUUCAAUAUCGGCGUCCGUUUCAUAGCGCAACGCGUCAACAUGCCGCUGUUACGUUUGCUGCACCAAAUUACGAACAUGUACCAAAACGUCAAGGACACACAAAACGAGCUGCGCGAGCAGCAGCCCAUCGAAAUCCGCCACCCGAAGACGAGCAUAAGCGACCACACCGACAUGAAGCACCACUCCAGCUCGACCUCUGACCUCCAAGACGUACACCCGACCGCCGCCAAACUAAGCUUGAAGAUCUCCGACCCGGAAUCCGGCACGGCCCUGAUCUCACCCUCGCCCAGCGUCCGAUCGCGCCCGCAGAGUUUCGCGCAGAAGUUGCGCUCGACCGGCAAGAGCGUCAAGGGUUACGUUAAUUUGAGCGAGGGCGCCGGCACCCCGAUUUUUACAAGCAGCCCGUCCGGUUCCGCCCUCGAACACAUCUCGCACGUCUCCUCCGAGAAGAGCACGGGCCGAUGCUGGAAGACGAUCUACCACCUUCUCGACCUCUACGCGGCGAUGCCCGACACGAAAACAAUCACGCACCGAUUCUCGAUGGGCGCGGCCGACAUCUCCGAGUACUACAAGGGCAAGCGCAAGUACGACAUACUCACCGAGGUGAAAUCGUCGGAGGACAUCGAGAAGGUCGACGAGAUACCCGCGCCGACGCGCGAGCCCAGUACGUCCACAACCCGUCGAUUUGCGACGAACAUUAACCCGACUGUUCUAGGCGUGUCCACCGAACGGACCAAGCUGAUAAUGCUGGGAGUCGCGAGGAUACACAAGACGAAACUUCUCGCGACCCUUUCGGGUCUCAAGCUCGACGCCGAGAUCACCGGCCUGCACUCGAGCGUCACGUGUCGCAGCAAGUCGCGACCGAUCUCGCUCGAGUGCUCGAUCACCGGACAGAUCGGACGCACGACGAUCAAACUGUUGGAGGGCGUCGCGCCGAAUCAACUUCAAACCGUCGUAAAGGCGACCGUCGGCAAGUCGCAGGUUUUGUGCUCGAGCAUGAGCCGAAAGAGCAAGGAUAAGAAUUCUGCCCUGCUGACGAUUGGCGCCGUUGUCAUCGAGAUACCGCAGCAUCCGGUCGCCUUGCACGGAAUGGUUACGAGAAGUAGCAAGCAGCUAAGCUCUACAUUGCAGGAGUUGCGAGUGACGCGCACCUCCAGCCGUCUCUCGCGUGGCGGCGUACAAACCGACGAGGAACAGACCCAGCACUACACCCCCAGCAAUCACAAGAACGUCUACCAGCAGUCCGCGUCGAUUAACCGAAGCUACAACAGCGAGAGUCUGAUACACCCACUCGUCGUGCAAUUCUCCAUCGUCCUGCAGAGUCUCAGCAUCACCGCCGCGCUGUUGCCGUCGCUGCAGGCGCAGUACAAGAUGAACCAGCUGAAAAGCAUGGGAACGACCGGGAAUAAGGCGAAGUUCACGAUCGAUCUGCCCAAACAUACGUUAAGCUUCACCACGAUUUACCCGAUGAGUCAAGGCACCGACAUCCAUCUGCCGACAGAGGCCUCCAUAGCCCUACCGGUAGUGCACGUCUCCGCCGAGUACAUUCCGGAAGGCGCGACCGGACCGUUUCGAUCCGACGGCCAUCGCGGGAACGAGGGGGUCGUGUUUCGUCAGGGCGGGUAUCUGAGCGCCCAAGGUGACAUCGGGGUUUUCGAGCACAGCCUCACCACGGACCUGCUGAACCACCUGGUGUUUGUGCAAAACAUUUUUAUGAAGGAGGUUAACGAGGUCAUCCAGAAGGUCUACGGAGGAGAGAGGCCCGUUCCGAUUUGGCUCGAAGAUACCGAAGAGCCCUCAUCUCUCAACCGCCUUUUGUUUUCGCUGAUCAUUAAAAUUCAGAGAAUCCAGUUGACCGCGACCACGGCGGGAAGCAGCGCCGUUCGGCUCGAAACCGGCGCGGUCACUUUGGAGUUGUCGAAUAGGGUGCAGAACGUGUCCGGGUGCACUCAGAACAACUCUACGGCGCGACUUUUUGGCAGAGCUCAGGUGGACUUGAACCUGUCUUUGGGGCAGUUGUUGCGGAACGCCCUCUUCGAGGAAGCCGAGGCGGAGUUUCAGCAAUUUGCGUUCUUCAACACGCGGAUCGGAUUACGGAACGCGUUUCAGGAUGAAAUUAUCGAAGGUGAGGACAAGGAGGUCGUGCUAAUCACCUUAAAGCGACCAUUGAUUUACGUUCAACCCGUCGCCGUGGACAAGGCGAUCCUGGUCUGGCUGAACUACAAGAACGCCUACGACUAUUGGAACGAGAAGCGCUCGUCCAUCCAACAGAAUUACGAGAAAUUACAAAUCGGGCAGCUAACCAGUCAGCUAAGCGCCCAGCAUUUGGGCACCCUUUUCCUGCAAUUGACCGUCGAGGACAUGGGCAUUUGUCUGCCGCUGAAUCCGUUACCUUUGGCGACGUGGACGCAGCGGUGCAUUUACGAGGAGUGCCGCGGGGCGGUGGUUGUCACCUUGGAAAGUACGAGCAUAUCAGCGUGUAGUUCGGGUUCGUUGGUGAGUAAGGGGAAAUUUUCGAAUCUGUGUCUCAGAUUCGCCGAGGACUUCGAGACGUCUCUGGACGACUGGAAGCCGGAUAUGGGCGACUGCAACAUUAUGAAUCUGUGCGUCGUAAGCGAGGGCACCUACGAGGUGUGCAGUCGCACGAUCACCGGCAAACAGUGUAACGAGAAUGCCAAAUGGUUUCUCAACGUGCAGUGGCAAAUGGAAGGUGUCGACAUACAUCUCGACACGAACGUGGGGAAGCAACUGUCGGCUUUGGGGCACACGCUUACGUCAUUAACUGGCGCGGAGGACACGCAUUUUCCCGUCGAUUACGAUAGCGACGAGAAUGACGCAACGGAUGGCACGAAAACGUCGCAGGAGAGCAUUUUGCCGUCCUUCAUGCUCGAUCCGACCUUAAACAAUCGACAAAGGUCGAAGCUGAUCGAGAAGGAAAUGAACGAGCAGGCGAAAAUUAUUAACGACCUGCGAUCGCUGGGAGCCUCGCACGGCACGAUCGAGCUCGAGCUGAAGCGGCUACACGAACUGGAGGCGAUGGUCUACAAGGACUUCCGCCGAGACAUGAUGCAAAAGCUGCGGAGGCAAAGCGUCAAAGCGUCGACCAUCACCAAAGGGAAAUUGGGAAUCGGCAAUAACGCGUACAGGUCGAAAUCCUUCGUCGUGCCGAGCCCGACGAUCGAACGUCGCAGUCCCGACAACGGCAGCUACGAGAGUAGCCCCUGCUCCGGUCCCUCGCGGUCCGCGUCACUGCGAGUUAAGGGAAACUCCGGACCGCGAGUCACCUUCAGCGACACGCAAAUGUGCCGACAGUCCUCUUUACCGACGGCCAGCUCCGACAUCAACAUACCCGAAACGCAGCUCGACUGGGUCGACCACCUGACCGUUGACGGGGAGAAGGUCGAGCUGCGGAAGAAGCUGCCGCCGUCGUACGAGUCGGACGAGGGCUCGAUUAUCGUCGAUUCCAUUCACGACUCGCCCACGAAUUCGCUACCCGGGAUGUCCGCCAACGUCUCGCAGGCCGGCGUACCGCAAAAGCCGCAGGAGCCGAAUAUCGACCUUGAGCUGGACGUUAAGGUGCUAAUUAACAGCGGAAAAUGUGUGCUGCAUACCAAGGACGCGGUGCGGGAGGAGGAUAUUAAAUUAAACCGAAUGCGUAAGGAUCGAAGCUGCUCGACCGGCUUACUCGAGUUCUCAGUCUCAAACAGCCCCGACCCGUCACGACGUAAUAAAGAGAAAUUAACGACGACCACGAGUAGCAGUCGACUACGCACCAAUCCGCAUGCUUCACUUGUCGACUUGACCAUAUUCCACGUGCCGGGCAUGGAUGUUAAGCUGCACUAUCAGUCUAAGGUGAUCACCGAUAUCGUCGAUCAAAGCCAGUUCGCCGACCCGAAAGACGUCCACGCCAGCUCGGACGGUCUCUCGUCGACCUCGGACAGCGCGCGAAACGUCCAAGACGAGCUGCGGAUCGAAAACGCCUUCAAGCGCAAAGACAGCAACCUGGGCACGAGUCUCGACAGCAAAAUGAAGUACGGCAAGUCGCACUACGGACCUAGGGGCGACUUCAUAUCGGACAUCGGCUCCAACUUAAAAGGCUCCACGUCACUGCACGGAAUAUCAAACCCGAACUACACCGACAGCCCGAUAUCGAACAGGAACAGCUUGGAGAACGUUCCCCAGCUCGCCGAGAGUUACAAGGUGCCCCCUGUCACGAUGAAGAAGUUCGGAAUAAAGAAGGCGUCGCUCUUCGCUUGGAUGACGCUGCAAAGCGUGCCCGAGGAGACGAUCGUCAGUCCGCACAUCUUGGAGUUCCUCGAACAGACGCUCGAGCCGAUUCCCGCGAAAACGUUCAGCGCGCCGGGCAACAGCUCGAUACUGUCGUCGGGCGAGCAGGACCUCUCCACUUACGGCAACUACGUCUACGCGAGUUUCCCGGUCGACGUCAUCGUCUACUUCCACAUGCAGCCGAGCACGUUCCGUUUCAGUUGCCUGCCGGUCUCGAGGGUCGAGUGCAUGCUGCAGUUGCCCUCGCUCGACAUAAUUUUCAGCUCGAAAAGGGCCGAGGACGAACUUCUGCAGAGCGAGUUUCGCGAUGACACCCCGAACAACGCGACGGCGGUCGGCGGUCUCAGCGUGACCGGUUGCCUGUCCGAUUUCUCGGUGUACAUCUUCCAUCCGUACGGCGGCAAAAAGUCGGCGCUGAAGGAGGCGCAGUGGUCGCCGCUUUCGGACAGCGAGCGCAAGGAUUCGCUUUCGAUCAACGUCGAGUUCGUCAAGUUUCACCUGUCGCGCUCGCGAAUGCUGAACCUUCACCAGGAGAGCACGAAGGGAAAGUUGGAUCAGAGCAAGGCGGUCAUUCGAUUUUCAACUAUAACCGACAUCGGAUCGGCCUCCUUCAAGUACGACAUGCGCCGUCUGACCGAGAUCCUCGCCUUUCCAAAGGCGUGGUACAGGCGUUCGAUCGUGAGGCGACUGUUCCUGGGCGACCUGAGCAUGGCCGGCGCGCACACCGAAGAGGAAGGUACCAGCGCCCCUUCCGUUUCGCCGAGCUCGUCGAGACAUCACGACAGCCGAUCGGCGAAAUCGCCCAACUUGCCCAAUCGAGAGAAGCUUAAAAUUAAUUUGGAUUCCGACCGACACGCCCGGCUGAAGGAAGUCGGCCGUGCCUUUAGCGCCGAGUCCGGGUGCACCGCGAGUCCGGAACGCAAAAACAUGACGUCAUGGGAGACGCUCGUGCUGUUCGCUGUCAAUUUUAAAAAGUUGAAUGUUCACAUGAAUAUGGGCAACGUCAUGGGUAACGUGACGUGGUUAACCAAAGACUUUAGAAGCGAGGGGAGGCUGAGCAUCGGCUCGACCGGUUACAAGAAUCUGUACAUCGCGUUCGGGUUAGGAGGAUCCGGGCUGGAUGCGAAAGGUGGAAUCGUCGGUGGCAACAUCGAGAUUGCGAACAUCGACACGUUUAUACACAUAAGGGAGGAGCCGAACAUGGAACCGGAUCAUACGAUAGGCGUGCAGCUCUACGCGCUCGAGCUAAGGCUCGACUACAUGGCCACCUCCGUUCUGAUGGCGCGCGUGAGCAAUUUGAGCGUUAACGUGAAAGACGAAUGGAAACUGAACCGGUCGAGUUCCGGCACGUUUAUUCCGACGAGACGGCCGGCCAGUAUCUUCGUACACGGUGAUCUCAGCUGGGACCAACUGCAAAUUAUGAUCUCGAAAUCGUCGACGGCCGACCUGCUGAAGAUGUUCAACAAACUGGAGGAGUUCUUCUCGCAGCAGUUCAACAGCAGCAAGCGAGCGUUCAGCGGUUUCGCGCAAACGUCGCACGCGCCCAGGAUAUCGUCGCAAAAGAGCAAGGAGGCGUGGUCGAGCCAGCAGCAGAGCACCUUUAACGACGCGCGACACCACCGCCACUGGCAGCGCGUUUUGACGCAGGUCACCGGCCUGCAACUCUCCACGAUGCACACCCCGUUGCCCACGUCGGGCACGGUCCUAGGCGGUACCAUGGAGCUGCACGGCAACAACAUCUCCCUGGCGUGCUUUCACGGCAUCAACUUCAAGAGCAAAUCGUGGGCGCUGUUCAGCCUGCGAGAGCCGUGCAUCACCUUCAACACCGAGGCGCAGGAGAUUCCCUCCACAGGUUUCGCAACCGACCGAAACGCGUGCGCUGGAAUUAACUCUCACUUUGCAGAUCUAUUUCCGUCGCAGGACGUUCACGUGGUGCAGACUCUCACGUGCAGUCUGGGACUCAGCACUUACAAAACUCACCACUCGAUGGCGACCGUGUGCAAGGUGUCGCGGAACGUGUUGUUUCCGCCACAGUUCAAAUCGCUCCUGGAAUGGUUCCAGUACGCCUUCGCUAAUAGUCAAAUUGACGAGGUGGACCGCUUCCCUUCGCUCGAAAAGGAAAAGUUCGACUCGAUCGAGCGCGGCCGAAACGCCGCGCAGAAGCAGAACGACUCGAAUCACAAUCGCGAAGUGAUAUUCGCGCUGCCCAGCCUGCAGCUGCACCUAAAAACCGAACAUCUGCAGUCCGCCGGCACGCCGGACCUCACGGAGGACAAGCCGGUCGUCGAGUGCAGCUUCAUCACCGAGUUCGAGGAUCACAUCUUUGUGACCGUCGACGCGGAGGCGUUCUUCUUCCUGCACGACUUGAUCACGUCGUAUCUCAAGGAGAAGGAGCGGGUGUUCGGCACAGAAAGAAAGCACAUUCCCGAAGGCGCGAAGUCCUCGAAGCCGUCCAUCAGCUCGGCGGCGGAAAGUCAGGCCAAGAAGUCAUUCGACGACAUCUUCACGAAAGACUGGCGCAACUACAACUGCAAGACGUGGCACCUCGAGCCGACCGUGAGACUGCUGAGCGUCGCCGGCAAGUACAUCGAGCCGUACGGCAUCGACUACAUACUGCAGAAGUUGGGCUUCUCGCACGCCCGCACGACGAUACCGAAAUGGAUGCAGCGCGGCUUCAUGGAUCCGUUCGACGCGAUCCUCGCCGUUAUCACGCUCAAAAUGGUGCAGGUGGUUAAGGGGGACGGAAAUAAGAACAACGAGAAGGAGAAGACCGAGUAGUAUUAGUGAGAUUAUAUUUAUUUAUACGUUAGUUAGUUGUAUAUCGUAGUAAUUAAAAUUUUCCCUCAUGCUGUG